AUGCUGGCUAUUUGGGCCGGAUUACACACACUUAUUUUAUACUUCGUUGCGAUUCAGUUUAUAAACCGACAUUUAUGCCUUUUGAAUGCAAAUUUUGCUGCAAAACUUGAAGGAAUUUAUGGAUAUUGUCUAAUGUCAAUUCCAUUAAUUCCGGGACCAACUUUUGCCUUAUCAAUUAAAAUAGUUUCAAGAGAAACAGUAUUUGAUAAUGAAAUGCGAAAUCUAAUGUUUGAGACCUAUAGUUUGGUGGUAUACAAAAUCACGAAGUUCAACAUCACACCAUAUUAUCCCAAUGGCUCAGUACAGUGGGAAAACUUUGUAGUACUUGCAAUUGGAUGUUUCUUCAAUGUCAUUGCCUAUUCUAUCAUCAUGUAUUGUGGAAUCAAAAUGCACUUCAAUAUGCAAAAAAUGCUUGCCAGAUUUUCAAUGGCUCAGCAAAAUAUCCAGAAACAGUUGCUCCGUGCAUUGGUUGCACAGAGUAUUGGACCAACUAUUUUUCUGGUUUUUCCAGCCGUCCCUUUUCUCAUGAGUCCUUUAUUGCCACCGUUGUUUGACUUGAAUAUCGACGUACAAUCUGGAUGGAUCUUCUGCAUUUUUGGAAGCUAUUCUUCGUUCGACACCAUUGUUUUCAUGGUUAUUGUAAAAUAG